AUUCUAAUCCACUUGUGCUGAGGGUGCUUCGUCAUGGCGUCGAGUUUGUGAGAAACUCGCUUUUUUUUCCACCCCCUCGGAAUCGGGAUUAAAAAACAUGCCGGGUUUGAGAGAAGCUGCGUUAGCUGGAGCUGCCCUGGCACUAACCGGAGGCGUCGCCUAUGUUAUCUGGAAGUUACGAGACACCAAGCAAAACCGAGAAGCAGAGAAAGUGACGUUAAAACAGAAUUUAAACGCAGAGAAACAAGAAAAGUUAGUCGAGAAAGAAAUAAGGACCGAGACCGCGCGCGAAGCUCCUACCGUCUCUCAGCAGCGACAGGCAAGAGGUUCUCAGGUGUUGGUGUUGGGUUUGGAUGGUGCGGGCAAGACGAGUCUUCUUCAAUGCUUUGUGACAGGCAGCACGGAGCAGGAAGUGUCACCCACGCAGGGGUUCCAUGCCGUCUCUAUCAACAGAGAGGAGCUGCACAUUGAGUUCCUCGAGAUUGGAGGCGAGGAGAAGUUCAGAGACUACUGGCCCAUGUAUCUGAAAAAGGCUCGGGUGUUGGUGUUCGUGCUGGACUCUUCCAACUCCACACGCUUUCCUCUGGCUAAAACCAGCCUACACCGGCUGCUGGCCGCUGAGCUGUACCUGCCGUUGGUCCUGCUUGCUAAUAAACAGGACCUCCCGGGUGCGUGUGGGGUGACUGAGCUGUACGAGUCGAUGGCACUGGGUUCAGUAGGCGAUGGCCGUAAGCUGUGUGUUUUGGGCACGCAGGUUCGGAAAGGUUCGUCCGCUGCUCAUCCCAGUGUGCAGGAUGCUUAUGAGCUCAUCCUGGAGAUGAUGAACAGUAACUGUGCGGAGUAGCAGAACUCCACCUAAUCGCUAAUAUCAGCCUCAACAAUAAGGCUGAUUGGUUAUGUUUUUAGCUAAGAUUAACGAAUGUCUAACAGAAUCAGGGCUAUUUCAUCACCAAAGACAUUCCUUAAGCAGAAAGCACUAAACAUGAUCAUUCAGGGUUACGAGUUUAUUGUUGCAUCAGUAUUUAAGUAACACUAAAGCAACACAGUGUUUUUUAUUGUGGUUUGAUUGGGUCUUCUACAAUGUGGCUUAGAUGUUAGAUGUUCUUGUAUAACUACCAAAAUUUGCUGAGCACUGUGUUAAUACUGGAAAGACUGUUAUGAAUGUAUCUGUGUUUAACAUGAAUUUGAUACACAGACUUUCGUAAUUUUUUUUAUAUUGUAAUCUCCUGUAUAGAUGCUGUUACCUUCUGUUAGAUGUUUAAAGCAAUAUAUCUGUUUUAAAACUAUUCAAACAUCCAAUAAAAAGUCCACAUAUGCGA